AUAUAUUUAUAUUAUUUAAAACUAACAUUUUUGAAAAAAGUAGGCGAGUUUUGUCGAUGCACUGAUAAAAGCGAGUCUGUCAGCUACAAAUAAGAUAAAAAAAAAGAAAAUGGUCUGUAUUUAUAUUGUUUUGUGAAAAAAAGAAGGGCGUGCAGAUAACUCGCUGGAGGAAGAGGCAACAAUAUGAUGAUCACCGGGUCGACUAGUUCCAACUUUGCAAGCCAAAGAAAUCUGACUCUCUUCUGCUUCUGCUUCUCUGCAUCAUUCUGAAAUCCAAAAGAAAAUUUCACUUGGGUGGUCGUCCCAUACAUUCUGUGUUGACAAGAAAACUAAUGAAUAAAAAGUAAAUACAUAAUAAGGUGAUGAUGACAUAAUCAUUCGUCUUCUCUCUCUCUCUCUCUCUCUCUCUCUCUCUCUCUCUCUCUCACAACCCAUUCUCCUAUGAUACUAUAAACCAUACCCAACCUCACUCAGUUUCACCUCAUUCACUCUCCCUUUCAUUCUUUUUUAGAUUCUGUCUCUCUCCCUCUGCAUGGAGUACUGAAUCCUACACUUGAAUGCCUCUCUCAGGGAAACAUCAGCAUGACAACCCUGCUCUUAUUUGCACUUUCUUUUUUCCUUUUCCUUUUUAGAAAAUUAAUUUUUAUCCCUUUUCUCUUUUUUCAAUUUUCUUUUAUCCUUCUAUCUUUUUCCCUUAUAUAUCUCUAAUCCUUUUUGUCCCUCAGUCUUCACUGUGUUUUUCUCUUCUGACUACUCUCUCUGUCUAUAUAUAUAUAUAUAUAUAUAUGAAUCUUUCUUUCUUCUUCCUCUCCAAGAAGACAGUAACAAGAAGCAUCGAGAACUACUCCAUAAUAUUAUAGCUUGAUUGUAUUAUUAUUAUUAUUAUUAUUGUUGUUGUUAUGUCUCCUGCAGCUUCAUCUAGAUGGUGUCCAACACCAGAACAACUGAUGAUUUUAGAAGAGUUGUACAGGAAUGGGAUUAGAACUCCUAAUGCUUCUCAAAUUCAAAGAAUCACUGCCCACCUUUCUUUAUAUGGAAAGAUUGAAGGCAAGAAUGUGUUUUACUGGUUUCAAAAUCAUAAGGCUAGAGACAGACAGAAACUCAGAAGGAAACUCAUUAAGCAACUUCAACAGCAGCAACAAUUUUAUCAUCACCAUCAUCAUCUUCAGAAUCCUGAUGACCAUCACCAGCUUCACCUCCUCAAUCAGUCCCACCACCAGCACCUUCUUAACUACUUUGACCUUCCACCUCCUCCUCAUCCUCCUACUUCAUCUUUUCAUCCACUUCCUUAUCAUAACCCUGCUGCUUUUCUACCUCUUCAUCAGGGAGGACUUGAAGGAGCACCAACAACACAAAUGAUGAAUCAUACAUGGAAUAUGGAGUUCCCAAAAAAUCUCCAGAUGGAGAAUUCCAUGAUGGGAAUGUACGGCUAUGAUUGGAUGAUGAUGAUGGAAAUGGGGGACCCAUUUCCAUGCAGCAAAAGACCACUUGAAACACUUGAACUUUUCCCAAUCACAGCAACAAAUCUCAAAGAAGAAUGCAACAACACAUCAACAUCAUCAUCCAAUUAAUCAGCAGCUGCUGCCUGUUUGCUCACCAGCUAAUAUCAACUGCAUGCUUCUCUCUCACUCUGUCAAAUUUAAUUUUUUCUCUCUCUCUCUCUCUCUCUCUCUCUCUCUCUCUACCUAGUUUGUUAGGUACUUUUCAAAGUCUGUAAUGUCAUGACUUGUUGAUAUAUAUAUAUAAAUGCUAUUGUCUUGGUUUCUGUUACUAUUGCAUAUGUCUAGCUAGGCAGUAGAGGGAGAAAGAUCUCAAUUGUCUAGCGAGUAAUGUUAGUACUGGUCCUAACUUUCUCUUCUCCUCCUCCUCCUCCUCCUCCUACUACUGCUGCUGUAUACCUAUUAAUUUGUA